AUAGUGUAUCUUCUGAUUGACGGAACUUUUCUGGGAUUUUCCUAACAUCAAUCAUAUCGUGAAAAUGACGGAUUCCUCGGGUAAUAAUAAAUGUAUAUUUUGUAAGAUAGCAAGAGGACAGGACAAAGCAACCGAUAUUUUAUACGAGAAUGAAGAGCUUGUAAUAUUCAAAGACAUCAAACCCGCCACCCGCCAUCAUUACCUCGUGGUCCCCAAACAUCAUAUAAAGAACCCCAAGAGCCUGGACAACAGUCAUCUGUCGCUAGUGGACAGACUAGUAGAGGUGGGAAGAGACUUCCUCAAACAGCAAAGUGCGGAUGUUGAUGAAGCAAGAUUUGGUUUCCACUGGCCACCAUUUACAAGUGUCAGCCACCUCCAUUUACACGUGUUAAGUCCCACAUCAGAUAUGGGAUUUAUAGCUCGAUGUAUAUUUAGACCAAAUUCUUUCUGGUUUGUCACAGCAGAGUGGCUCAUAAGCAGAUUGAAAGGAAUGGAUACCAAGUCUUAGGAGCGAUCAUAUAUGCAGAUGAAAGGCCAUUUGGACGAACUGUGAUACCAUUUGCGGGGGUGCUGUCGAAAUAUCCAUAAAACACAUUGUCAUUAAACGGACUAAAUUGCUCAUUUUAACAUCAGCGCCUGCAAUCAUUUUAGUGACUGUGAAUAAAGACAGAAUCAACGGUGCGUUUUACACUGACGGGUGAAUUGACGAAAUGGUCUUCUUCAUUGACGUUGGGUGUGUAUAAGGAGCUUGGAAAUAUGGGGAAGUAUCUCAUCAACGCCCCCUAGUGUUCGGAUUUGAUGCCAAUGUAUAUAAGCGUCCGACACACUUUGGAAGUUAUCGACGGCAUGAAUCAAGUCUUUCACGAUACUUGGCCAGGAAAGAAUGGCUGCUUGGGAGAUUUCUUUUUAGAAAGCUUUUAAUUAACUACUUUUGAUAAUGUUUUCAUGUAAUUCAUUAUUAUCGAUUAUUGUUUGAUUUGAUCUAUAAGUACGUAAUGUACGUAUGCUAUGGUGUGUGUGGCCGACCUCUCUGGGAGGUAGAGGUUAGUGUGGGUGGAAUUUGACAGCUAGUAAACAUAAAUGAACUGGUUUUAAGCGUCUGUAUAACAUGGACACAUUAUUUGAAUGAUGAAUUUAAAACAAACAUUGUGACAUUGUGAUGAUAUGCAAUUUCAUCAUUGUAUUGGCACCAUGCAUUUCUGCUGAUUCAUACCGUGAUUUGUUUGGAACAUUUUUAACUGUAUUCUUUUGAAUCAUUCUGUGUUAAUAUGGCCGUUUCAUGUGUCGUUUAAUCUGUAUAUGAAUGCAUUGACGAAAUAGGAAUCAUAAAGCUGGCAUUUAUCGCGUUAUUUUAUGGAUGUUUUAUUCAUUCGUUUUUGAAAAUAGAAAUUUUUGGUUGGGUUAACAUAAGUUGCUAUAUUUGCUGAUUAACGGCGAAAGGGCGUUGGUUACUUUAAGCAACAACAUAUAUGAUCUAGAUUUUUUCGGCAUAGCCGUAUAAUAUUCUUUAAUUCGGCCCCGGAUAUGACGCGACAGGUGGCGUAACUGUUCAAGAUGAAGUAUGUGAUGGUCAAUGUAGCGGUAAAUGCAAAAUACAGAUAUGCAGUUAAAAACGAAACAAAGUUAAGAUUGAAUGCACGCUGAAUAAGUAGAUGUAUCUUUUCAAAUGACACAUGAAUAAAAUAAUAUUCCUGAUUCUAAUGCAGUCUUAUUAUCACCAAAAAUGAUUCAAACUGAUAUAGUU